UAGGCUACAACUUUCCUACUUAUGCGGUAGAUAAAAUAUUUAUACAUAAUAGAAAAUUACUCCAUAGUUAGUAUAUGAACAUACACUUUUCCCAAGGAAUAGAGGUUGGACAUUAUAAAAUCCAUAGAGCUGUGGCUGUGAUUGAGAAAAAGUGUAAGAUCCCUGCUCAUAUAUCAAAAUGUAUUGUCCACUUCCACCCCUGCCUCCGCCUCAACCUCCAUAUCCACCUCCACCUCCACCUCCGCAUUCAAUUCCAUUUGAAUGGACAACGAGGGACCUGAAGACAGCAACAUUGAUUGGAAAUGUGGGGUUCUUAAAAGCAAGUUUCGCCAGCAAGGUACCAUUGGAAUACUAUAAAACUACGUUUCAGGUUACUGAAGCAGAUCCAAAUCACAGUGGUAAUAUCUUUCACUUGUCAGUGUUAGAAAACAGAGAAGAGUUCAUUAGAGUAGCAAUCCAAAACUUACCUCCCGAAGCCAUACAACAACUCUUGAAUCAACCACGCAACCGUGAUGAUAUUGACAUUGACAUUGUCAACCCUCUUUACUUGGCAGUCCUUACCGGCAACUUUGAGAUUGUAAAGCUCUUCCUAAAUGUAUUUCGAACUUCAUCAGCAUUACAAUCACCUUCUAUUCCAAAACCAUGGUUAAUAACGGUUGAUAAUACCUUGCAAACGCUUUGCCACAUAGCUAUUUUAAAUGAUAACGAGGAAUGUGCGCUGGAAAUAUUGACUAUGGAUAUGGAUUACUUUUGCAACGCCAUGGAUAUCAAUAAUACUGGGGUACUGUACUAUGCUAUGUUGCAGAGGUUUACCAACUUUGUGUUGCACAUCUUGAGAUCAGACACUAUUGUUACUUAUGCCGGUUUCAAAGGCACUACUCCAUUAAAUGUUGUCACACGCUGCUCAGAAGGAAAAGAAAUUUGUAGACUGCUGCUUGAAAAGGCGCCAAAUCUGGUUAAACAACGAGGUGACGGAGGUUUUUCGGUACUCCAAUUUUGGGCAAAUGAUGGUAAACUGUGGCCAUAUGAAUAUGUCCUAGAAAAUAGUGAUAUUUCUCCCGAUGUAAGGAGGGUCUUUAUUGACUUAAUAUCCGCAACUAGUGACCAAGGUCACAACUCUCUACACAGUCUUGCUAAGUUUUCCCCUAUUGAAGAAGUAGCUGUCCAAACAGCAAAACUCCUUAUUGAUACUUACAAAAAAGAAAAAGAAGUAGUAGCACUAGCGUCGUCAAGCAUUCAAGAAGAUUUACCAUGGCUCCCAAGACGAAAGAUGGAUUUACGCCACUGUCCUGUGCUAUACAGCAUGGGUAUCAGAAUUUAGCAAUUUAUUUCUUGUCAGUGGAUAGCAAUGCACUUGUAAAUUUGGAGAGGAAUGAUUUGUUCUUUGCUAUUGAGAGAGGGUGCCAUGAAGUUGUAGAAAAGAUGUUGGAGAUAGUGAACAAUGAAAAAUGGUCUACACUUCUUACUAAUGAUCAUCAGAUGAAUGUCUUGCAUCUUGCACCAUUAUGCACAAAGACAUUAUGUGAACGAUUUCUUCAGGGGCAUCCGAAGUUACUGGAAGGAGUUGACAAGAAUGGAACCACUGUAAUGCACAGCUGGGUGAUUAAAGGUGAAUUAUAGCCUUUUGAAUACAUGUUGAAAAGCGAACAAGUUGAUACCAACUGGAGAAGGCAAUUCAUCAACCUCAUUACUAAAAGUGACUGUAUUAACCUAAACAACCCUCUCCAUAUUGCGGCCAUGGUGAAUUCCAGCUCCCAUGAAACAACGAAUCAAAUUGUAAGGCUCCUUGUAGAUGCUUACAUAGAACAAAAGUCUGAUUGGCGUAUAACACCUCCAUCUUACUUGCCAUGGUUUCAAAAAAAUAAGGACUACGGAGCACCUCUUCACCUGGCCAUAUUAAAUCAACAUGAAACACUUGCAUUAGAUUUAUUGUCACUACAUGGGGAUGUCACUGAUUAUUUUCAUCAAGUACUGGAUCAUUACCAGACUCAGCACCGUACUCUCUUUCUUGCAAUAGAAAAGAAAUGUUAUCUUGUGGCCAAACAGAUAUUUUCCAAGUUAGAUAGACUACGCUGGAUGAAGUAUGUUAUGGAUUCCAAUUCUGGGCAGAACGUCUUGCACCUUGCUCCAUAUUGCACAGGAUUCUAUUAAUGAGAAAGUAAGCCCAUCUUGUCUGCUACAACAAGGGGAAGAGCUUUGGGUGGGCACUCCUCCAUCCACACUCUCACUUCUUGAAGAUAAAGUGAGUAAUGUGCAAUAGAGUGUGCCACUGUGUUACAAUUUCUGUAAUUAAAUGCAAAACUACAAUACUCAAAAGCACUAACUAGUUUUAUUAUGUCAAACACAAUCAUCUGAGCAGUAG